AGGGCGGGGGGCGGGAUUGGGAGGGACGCUUUUCAACGGAAGCGCGAAAGAGCCGGCUUUGUCCUCGCCUCUCGGGACCCGCUUAAAAAGAGGGGCGAAGGCGUGCGUGUCUGGAGGAGUCGCCUCAGCCAGAGAGGGGAGGACUAGAAGGACGCGGGCCUGGGGACCUCCUCCUGCCUUGGAAGUCGCCUCAAACGCGGCUCUGCAGCGGAUGUUGGAAUCGAGCUGGCGUUUCAGGACUCUGGACUGCCCCACUUCAGGCCGCAGGUCUCAACUCUACUGUUGUCCACCUGAUGGAGAAUCUGGCAGGCAGCCUACCUGCAGGAGCAGUGGCUGCUGUACUGAAGCCCAGUGAGGGACCACCUGAAGGGAGUCAAACUGUAUGUGGAUAUGACUUUGAUUGUGGAUUGGAUUAUCAUGCCUUACUCCAGUCUUACCUCACAACGGGUUUCCAAGCUACCAGCUUUGGUCAGGCUGUCAAUGAGGUUAAUCAUAUGAUUGAAGCAAAGCUGGCCCCAUUACAGGAGGAUGCAGGAGACCAUACUGACCUCAAUCCUUGUCCACGGCGUCUGACAGGCUGCACCAUCUUUUUGGGCUUCACCUCCAACCUCAUCAGCUCAGGUGUCCGUGAGACCAUCCGCUACCUGGUGCAACACAAUAUGGUGGAUGUAUUGGUAACUACAGCAGGUGGUGUAGAGGAAGAUCUGAUCAAGUGCUUGGCACCUACCUAUAUUGGAGACUUCAGCUUGCGUGGAAAGGAACUCCGGCAGAGUGGAAUCAACAGGAUCGGAAAUCUGCUGGUGCCCAAUGACAAUUACUGCAAAUUUGAGGAUUGGCUCAUGCCAAUCCUAGAUCAGAUGGUGAUGGAACAGGACACAGAGGGCGUGAAGUGGACUCCAUCAAAGCUCAUAGCUCGACUUGGCAAGGAAAUCAACAAUCCUGAAUCAGUUUAUUACUGGGCACAAAAGAACAGCAUCCCUGUGCUAAGCCCAGCAAUAACAGAUGGUUCCCUGGGGGAUAUGAUUUUCUUUCACUCCUAUAAGAAGCCAGGUCUUGUGCUGGACAUCGUAGAAGAUCUGAGACUCAUCAAUACCCAGGCUAUCUUUGCACGAAAGACAGGAAUGAUAAUCUUGGGUGGAGGCCUUGUCAAACACCAUAUUGCUAAUGCCAACCUGAUGAGAAACGGUGCUGACUUCUCUGUAUACAUCAACACCGCCCAGGAGUUUGAUGGCUCAGACUCAGGAGCUCGGCCUGAUGAGGCAGUCUCCUGGGGAAAGAUCCGCUUGGAUGCCAAGCCUGUCAAGGUUUAUGCUGAUGCUUCCCUCGUUUUCCCACUGCUUGUUGCACAGACGUUUGCACAGAAACCAAAUGCCUUUGUUCCAGAGAAGCAAAAUGAUUGAACUGUUGACUGCUGCAUGAAUGAGGCAUCACAACAUCUUUUAGGAACUGUUUGGACUCAUAUUGCAUGAUACUGUAGUGCCGCUGCAGUUGCUGACACUUGUCCUGGAUCUGUUUUAAGUUUGGGUGAAAGGAAGACAUUUUGACUGCUUGAACAUAAUGUUCCGCAUCCUCCAUACUACUAGAGGCUAUGUACCCAGCCCUAUGCUCAGAACUGUCAAGCUUAGGCGCAACUUGAUGGAAGGAAUGCUAGAUCUUACAGACACUGCUUUGCAAAAAUAAGGACUCUGAAAGCUUAAGUUACAAAAGAAAACUCAGUUUACUAAGCACACAGCUAAUACAUCCAUCUUUAGCGAGCGACAUACAGGAAGAGACAGUAAAACCGAAAGCCAAAACACUCCUCUGCAGUUGUUUAUCUUUCUCUAGCUUCAAGCUGGCAACUCCCUUAAAGUUCUCAUCAGAACAUAGCUUAUCUCAAGUUCUCAAGUUCACAUAAUCACAUCCUCAACUCUAAACAUUUCAGCACAGCAGUUUCCAUUCUCAGUGGCAUCCAUAUUUGCAAUACAAAGAAGCACAUUUAAAACACAUACAUAACUCAAUAAAUCCUGACAAGAAGACAGUCAGAAUAUCGGCACCUGGUUUUCUCGUUGACCCUGUAAUCACGAGCUGUCUGCUAAAUUUGCAAUUUCUUAACGUUUUUCAUCAUGUUCUGAUCAUCUUUUCAGUUCUAUUGUACAAAGUUUCUUUGGCAGUGGGUUCUUAAAUUUUCUCCUUAAAUUUGGCAGUGGGUUCUUGUAUUUUCUCCUUCUCUUGUCAUGGGCCUGGCCAUAUCUCCAUGUUCACAGCCUGCAACAACUCAUUUUAACUUGUGACUUUUUUUUCUGUCAGUUUUAUUUAUUUGGUAUAUUUGUGGAAUCAGCUUGAGAGCACCAGCCUCUUAAUAAACCGCAUCAGUGUGCAGGAUUAUUUUGGUUUGGGGGCCAUGGAAAUGUUUUGUGGUGCACUUGGAUUUUGUGGUGCACUUCAGUUCGCAACAUAAUGUGUUGGAGGCAAUGCAGGGCAGAGACACCACAGGUGUACUGGGCAUGCACACUUGAUUCCCCCCAUAGACCUAGCAAACUAUAAGUGGAAUAACUAUGAUGUACUCGCAGUGAACUCUUCCAGUGUUUUCAUAACAGACUGACUAUUCUGUGACCCUUAAAAAUCAGGUCUCUUUGGGCUCUUAGGGAGAUCCCAGUGGGAAUGUAUUCAUUAUGUGUUGUAUCUUUGUAUAACAAGCAUGUCAGUCUCUUUUUUCUUUAUAGUUUUAUUUUGGAUCCACCUCUAAUAGCAAAAACUACAUGAUUUCAGUAUUAAAGGGAAUACUUACGUUCUACAAUUCUUAAUCUGUCAUUAAAAAUAAUAACGGCCUGACCACUGACUUCCCAAUGCUGUUGGAGAAGGUUUGAAGAGAAACUAUAACUAUUGCAGUGCCUUGGACAAUUGGGAGCGGUUUGAAGGGAAAUGACUGGGAAACUUGGAGAGCUGCAGUUGUAUUCAGCCAAAUACAAUUGUGGAGUUUGUUUCCAAAAGGUACCAAAUUUUAAAAAAGAAAAAUGAGUUAUAGAUGGCAGUGCAUUGUUGGUUUGAGUAGGAUAUUAUGGACAGAUCAAAACUAUUAAAAUGUAUCAAAUCACGUUGAUACAGCGUUUGGAAAUGGCAUUUGAUAGCAAAAGAAUGCACAUCCUCAGCACAUUUUUCUCCGAUUCCUGUAAAUUUUGCUCAGAAACACACUCCAGAAUUAUAAUUUUAGCAGGUGAGGUCUGAUUUUUUAAAAUUUGUUCCACAGUAAUUAAUCUCAUGUUUUUAAAAUAUUAGUAUAUGUAUUUUCAUAUGAUACCUCAUUGAUGUGCAAAUGUUACAGUGGUGGAUCUUAAGUUGCUUAUUGACCUGAUUUGUUUACGUAUAAUAAAUGAACUGUGGAAUUGAUGUUAAAAUAAAAUAAAAAACUACCACGCUUAAUUUAUGCCACUUCUUAAAUGACAAUUUUAUGGUAAAGUUGGGAAGCUGAGAGGACUCCAGUCUUCCCCAGAAGUCCAUUCACAAUUGCAAUCCCUUGAUUAGAAAUGAAUUGUGCUUUCUUCCUCCCAAAAUUCUGAUUAGGCUGGGAUAGGAAUCAGAACUCAAUAUCUUCCCUAUAUUGUCUUCUCAAACUAGUUUCUAGCCUUUUUCAUGUUGCAUCAAAGAAACAGAAAGUACAUAAUGUUGGGAACUGAGAGGAUUAGCAGUUCAUGAGAGAGCUGGUAUUAGAGUUCACAUAUGAGCUUGCAUUUGUUCUGCAUUUUGGGAAUUAUUUUCCCUGAUAUGUUCUGGUUGUUAAUUCUGUCUCAUCUUUUCCUGGCUAGUGCACUUUGAAAAGACUUUCUGUCUGUUCCUGUUUCCCUUCCCAACAAAUCCUUGCUCCAUCUCAAGCUCACAACCCAAAACCAGCAAGUUAUUCUAAGUAAACCCAGAAAAUACUUCCUGCUGUGUCUUUUUAAAUUCAAAUGCUUUGAGCACAGAGAGAAUUUCCUCAUCUACUUUUAGAUGAAAGAUGUAUCUAUGCAGUUUAGAUUGAUAUGAGAGACAUCGCAGUAUUCUCAAUUUCCAUGACAUAAAUAUUGAACAAAUAAACAUUUUGAUGUUCAUCAUU